UAUCGCGGGAACAGCGACCCCUUCAGGUCUGCGGCCGCCGAGGUUAUCGCGGGAACAGCGUCCCCUUCAGGGCCGCGGCCGCCGAGCCGCGGGGCGCGCCGGGAGCUGGGCCCGUUCCCCUCAGGGAGGGUGGCGUUCGCGGCGAGAAGCGCGCCGCGGGGCCGCUGCGCCGCUGCACGUUUGCAGUUUGGUCUGAGCCUCCAGAACCGAGAGAACCCCAAUCCGCCGUUUUGUUUUAGGAGAAAAUGGGGACGUUGUAGCGUAGAAUUACAGCACCUGUGAAAUGAGAACCAGCAGCUCCCUGUCGUCUUGUAGGUCCCGCGCCCCGCUGGUGCCUGCCGCCCGGAUGGCGCCCGUGGACGUUUGCAGAACAGACUUGAAGUCAGGUCCCCGCGGAGCCCGCUGUUCAUUCAUUCAGCAUUGCUGAGCAUCUGCUGGGCACCAGGACUGCAACCCGUGCUGGGGACACCUACCGACCAGGACUGUCACCGCCCUCAGGACGCUCUCGGGGCGGCUCUUGACCUCCAGGGACCCCAGCCCCGCCCGCGGCAGCGCGCACCUGCUGGGCUGCAGGUCCGACCCUGGGCGCCUGCUGGUGCAGAACGUGGCUCCCGGGACCCGGAGAGCCAGGCUGGACGUGGCCGUGCACGGUGAUCAAGACGGCAGAGGAGAAGGGCGUGUAGCUCACCUCCUCCCACAGCACAUCAGAAUACAUCUACACGUGGAGCAGUUCACACGGAAUACCGAAUGAAAGCUGGCGGAAGUUCUCUCAUGCAACCAAAGCUCCAAGAAAGAUCCCACAUAACCAGAACAUGAAUCGUGGACUGCCAGCUCCUGCAUGGAUUCUUUAAAGUUUGCCAAACCUCAGAGGAAAAUUCAAAUUCGUCCAUGAUUUUCCUGUAUUCAAAGGACCUGAAAUAUCCCUUCAGCACAUACGUCCCCAGCUCUUCACAUGGUGCUUUCAGCUUAUGCGGAGAGGUUGUAGAAGCCGCCGAUAAGUCCAUUUGCUGGAUUCAUGGAGAAGCCUGCAGUUGAUGGAAGGCCUUCAGAAGAACUCCUUGCCGCUUUUGAAAGAGGACCAGAGAAAGAGCAUUUACCACAGCGUGCCAGGGAAAAUCAUCUCUGCUGGUAUUUUCGGCAAUAGCAGGGAAUAUCUUAAUUUUUUGAUUUCAGCGUUUCAUGUUUUGUCCACAUGUCUAAAGCAGGACCUCCUGAAUGAGAAGCCUGCCCUGGAAGCAACGUUUGAGGAAGCCGAGGUGGCAGCUCGUUCUGUGGAAUUGCUUUUGCCGAUAAUCAAGGACACCACUGAAGAGAUAGGGAAUUGUUUACCCAGCUUGCUAGAGAAGCUAACUGAUCAUGAAAACGAAAACGCUAAUCUUAAGAAGGAGGUACUUGCAAAGGAGACCUAUAUCCAGGAACUUUCUUGUCUGUUUCAGAAUGAAAAGGCAAAUGCUCUGAAGGCGCAUCGUUUUUCACAGUCAGUAAAAGUAGUACAUGAACGACUGCAGUUCCAAAUUCAUAAAAAGGAAGCAGAGAACGAUAAAUUAAAAGAAUACAUAAAGAGUUUAAAAGCCAAGAUAUCCGAAUGGAACUUGCAGUUGAAAAAGAGUAAGCAUGAGGCUGUAGCAGUGAAAGAAUCAAGUAGGCAAAAAACUGUUGCUCUAAAAACGGCAUCUAGAAUUUACAAGCAGAGGAUUGAACAUUUUACUGCAGACAUGGAAAACCUCACUUCCCAAAUUAGAGAGCAGGAAGCCAAGUUGUCUGAAACAAUUUCAGCUUCCAAUGCCUGGAAAAGUCAUUAUGAGGAAAUCGUGAUAGAAAAAGCUGAAUUGGAAGUUCAGGUUGAAACAGUGAAAAAGCAAAUCAUUCAUCUUUUGGAAGACCUGAAGAAAAUGGAAGACCAUGGGAAAAAUUCAUGUGAAGAAAUUCUUAGAAAACUUCACUCAAUUGAAUGUGAAAGUGAAACUCUAAAUCUUGAGAAUGCAAAGUUGCAGACUACACUUACUGCUCUGAAGGACGAGGUUGUUUCUGUUGAAAAUGAACUCUUAGAAUUGCAAGAAGUAGAAAAACAACAGAAAACUCUUAUUGAAGUUUAUAAAACUCAGAUACAAAAAUUGCAAGAAGCAGCUGACAUGGUGAAAAGCAGAUGUGAAAAUUUGCUACAAGAAAAUAAACUAAUAACAAAAAACAAAAACAAAAAAUUAAAGAAAGUGGAUGGACACCGUCAUCUUCUGAGCAGACUUUCUUCGGAAGAGGAAAAGGACCUUAUCCAGUUGACGUGUGGAAACCUUCAACAAAAAUUAGAGCAGAUGGAUGCAGAAAACAAAGAGCUUGAACAGAAGCUGGCAGACCAGGACGAGUGUCUGAAGCACAGCGACGCUCAGCUCAGAGAGAAAGCGACAGAAUGCGCGGCGCUGGCCAGGCAGCUGGACGCUGCUUUGGAAGAAGGAAGACAGCAGGCGUCGAGGGUCCCCAGAGAUGUGUCCACCCCUCCUUUCUUGCUCCGGUGGAGUCGGGGGUCACUCUGGUUCCGGUCACAUGGGACGUGCCAGCCCCGUCACCGUUGUCCACGCUGAGGGACCCUGAAGGGCACUGACACCGUCCUGAGGGCUGUCUCCCCCGGCUCGAGCAUCCGUCGCCCACGGCCCCUGGACUCUGCGCAGGACGUCUCCUCCGUAACUUUGUAGCCGCUCAGAGCGUGGUCCUUGCUGCCAGCUUCGUGCUUCUGAGCAGGUUCCUGCCUGCACUUUGAUUCUGUGGUUCCGACACAGCAUCCCUGCCCAUAGGUGCCCACACAUCUGCAUCCUGACUUUCUGCUAAAAUAAGCCCUCAGAGCAAGGGGAAAACUCAAAUUCAUAGCACUUUGGAAGUGAGUGAAAGAACCAGUCUCGUGUGUGUGUGUGUGUGUGUGUGUGUGUAGGAUGUGUGAGUAGGUUGUAGGUAUGUCUG